AUGUUGAAGUCCUUAACAUUACUUAGUAUCAUGCUGGUGAUUGUUUCAAUUACAAUCCCUACACAAGGUCAAAAAAUUGAUUGGAGUCCUACAAAAACAACUGUGCGUGUUUCAAAUGAUAUGGGCACCAAUGUCAAUAUGCAUUGUAAAUCAUCGGACGAUGAUCUUGGCAGCCGUGUUCUUGCUCAAGGUCAAUAUACAGAAUGGCCUUUCCGUGCCAACAUUCGUGGUACCACUCUAUAUUCUUGCGUCUUCAAUUGGAGCGGCAUGACAAAGAACGUCGUAAUUUAUGAUGCUAAGAAGGAUGAAGAUGUAUGUAUUACCAAAUGUUGA